GCUCAACUAUGAACUAAAGAAGUCAGGAAUCAAAUCAAAGCUCGCAAACUAUCCGGCAAUAGGAAUUGAGGGAACGGAUAAUACGUCGCUUGUAUUCUCAUAGCUCAGGAACAAAUGAGACCAAAUAAAUCGGAAACGCCGACCUUGUGCAGAACACCAACCCAUAUACACAACACUUCUGAUCACUGAAGCACAUUCCACCAUGCCUGUCCCAUGGGAAGCUCUCAUUCCAUUUGGCCUGCUCACUUCAAUGUUUGCAGCAGCCGGAACGCUCUUGAAUGUUUCUAAAAGGGCUCAGAAUCAAGGCAAGCCUGUCCGAUACCACGUCGAUUCUUGGGACGAGAUGAUGAUGGACCGUGAUAGGCGGUUAACAGGACACACACGUGGACAAUCUUCAAACCCCGUACCUCCAGAAGGUUUCGAGACGAGUAGCGCUUGGUACACGGAAGCUACAUCAUAAUGAUACCACAUACCAUGCUACCUUGAAUGAAAUUGUUCUUUAGAUGGAUACUACACACCAACGUUCGGUGGGCAGAGAUAUGUCAUUGAGGAUUUCCUGCAAAUAUUCUUGCACUAGAACAAAGUCUAAAAGCACCUGAAGUAUCUUUACCAGGAUCGAAGAUUUCUGCGCUCGCGAGUUCGCGUUAU